GUCUCUCGCCGCGACAUACGCGUCAUACGUGACUUACGCGCGGUUCGCAUAUUAACUCAUAAGUACGGGAGUUGUAAUUAAAACACAUACAAGUGUACUAUUCAAUAAACCUUUUUUAUAAUUAAGACUACAAGAUCGUGGUUAAAAUCUUUAACUACAUUUUAUCCACCGCCACACACCCUGCCGCGCCCGCAUCACCGAUCUCGAACUCUUUUCGUGUCCUGGCAACACGGGCACGACAAAUUAAACUCCGUCAUUUAAAUUCGGAAAGAAAUAUGGCAGUGGUGAUUGAAACGACAAUAGGAGAUUUUACUGUAGAUCUCUACACCGAGCAACGUCCUCAAACUACACGAAACUUCCUGAAACUAUGCAAGCUCAAGUACUACAACUGGAAUCUCUUUCACUCGGUACAGAGCAACUUUAUCGCCCAAACUGGAGAUCCAACUGGCACUGGAAAAGGUGGAGAAAGUGUAUAUGGAAUUGUGCUGGGUGAGAAGGCUCGUUACUACGAAGCUGAGCAGAUGCCAAAGAUCAAACACAGCAGGAUAGGUCUGCUCUCCAUGGUCAACUGUGGUAACAACAUGUUGGGAUCUCAAUUCUUUAUCACACUGGGUUCAGAACUUCAAUCCUUGGACAAUGAACAUUGUGUGUUUGGUGAGAUAGCGGAAGGGCUCGAAGUCAUUUUGAAAUUGAACGAAACCAUUUGCGAUGGAGAUCACAGACCAUAUCAGGAUAUACGGAUAUCGCACACAGUUAUCUUGGAGGAUCCAUUUGAUGAUCCUGUGGGAUUUAUGAUUCCUGACAGAAGUCCUGAACCUACAAAAGAGGCUCUAAUGAGUGACAGAAUUGGAGCAGACGAAGCCAUUGAUGAUACAACUGGCAUGACCACGGAGGAAAUUAUGGAAAUGCAGAAGGACAAGGAGGCAAAAACGAGAGCUACGAUAUUGGAAAUCGUAGGCGACAUACCGGACGCGGACAUAGCUCCACCAGAGAACGUUUUGUUCGUGUGCAAAUUGAACCCGGUGACUAACGACGACGACCUCGAAAUUAUAUUCAGCCGCUUCGGAAAGAUCAUCGGUUGUGAAGUUAUAAGAGAUCAUCAAACGGGAGACUCCUUACAGUACGCGUUCAUCGAGUUCGCCGAUCGCAAGAGUUGCGAGGAAGCGUAUUUCAAAAUGGACAAUGUUCUAAUCGACGAUCGGAGGAUACAUGUGGAUUUCUCGCAGUCGGUCGCGAAGAUGCGCUGGCGAGGUAAAGGAAAGGGUAUCCGGUAUUUCGACGAGGACAAGAAGAUGAAGAAACAUGAGGAGAACUUACCUCCGUCGAGGAAACGUGAGACGUCUCGCGGACGAGAUCGUGACAACAGCAAAAACAGGGAAGAGAAAAGGAGGAAGGAGCACGACAAGGACAGAGAUCGCGCCUCGAAACACAGGAGUCACAAGCGCAGGAAAGAAGACAAAGACGUGAGAGAUAGAAGAAAGGACGACUCGCGAGACAGAAGAAAAGACGACGCGAGAGACAGGAGAAAGGACAGUGCGAGAGACAGGAGAAAGGAUGAUGUGAAAGAUCGAAGAAAGGACGAUAUAAGAGACAGAAGGAAAAACGAUGCAAGAUCGCACUCUAAGAAAGCAAAUUAAGGAAUACCUUUAUAAGGAAUAUCUUUAUAAUAAAGAGCAUUAAAGUCUAAUGCAAGUUUCUGCCAACGACGAUAUAAGAGACAGAAGGAAAAACGAUGCGAGAUCGCACUCUAAGAAAGCAAAUUAAGGAAUACCUUUAUAAGGAAUAUCUUUAUAAUAAAGAGCAUUAAAGUCUAAUGCAAGUUUCUGCCAACGUCGAUUAAAUCUUAACUAGAGUUUAAGAUUAUGUUUGAAUAGAAUUUAAACUCAAAGGUUUAAUCGUGGCGUUGUUAGAAAGACAUGAGAAAUGUAUCGGGAACAUGAACAGCUUAAUUUAUAGAGCAAUCGCUUGGCAGAUCCUAGCAAUUUCCUGUGUUUCUGAUAUUAAUUUCUCUUUAUAUUUUACACUUGUAUAUAGAUUGCAAACGGGCUUCUUGAAAGAAAUUAAAUUUUUUUGAAAGUUAAGGAAAAUUUA